CCAGGAUGAGGCCCCACUGCCUGCUGCAGCAUUUGCUGGGUGGUACCUCUUCGGCUGACAGAACUGUUUCUCUCCGAUAGUCCUCAGAGAUGUCCUGCCCACCCCGUUUAAGGAUUGUUCAGCUUUGCCACUGCUGAUGUGUUUUUCUCCUUGCCACAGCCAGUCACUACUCAUUUCACAAAUUCUGGAUGGUUUUAUGCACCCUGUGGAUGAAUCACCUGAUUGCGGGUAGCCACUGACCACAACGUGGACAACACAACAGCCAUCCUGAAAGAGUGGCUGAAGAAUGUGCAGAAGCUGUAUCACUACGUGGAAUGGAGGCCCAUGGACAAUCCUCCGUCUUAUCCUGAGGAAAUCGGACCCAAACACUGGCCAAACUCGAGGUUCACCCAUGUAAUGAAGCUGAGACAGGCUGCUCUGAGGACUGCCAGAGAAAAGUGGUCAGACUACAUCAUGUUCAUAGAUGCCGACAAUUUCCUGACAAACCCAGAAGUGCUGAACCUGAUGAUGGCAGAGAAUAAGACCAUUGUGGCACCGAUGCUUGAAUCCCGCACUCUGUAUUCUAACUUCUGGUGUGGAAUGACACCCCAGGGCUACUAUAAGAGAACACCAGACUAUACCCUGAUCCGGGAAUGGAAGAGGGCUGGCUGCUUCGCGGUCCCAAUGGUGCACUCCACAUUCCUGAUUGACCUGAGGAAAGAAGCAUCCGAUAAACUGGCAUUCUACCCCCCACACCAGGAUUACACCUGGACCUUUGAUGAUAUCAUUGUCUUUGCCUUCUCGAGUCGUCAGGCAGAUGUUCAGAUGUACAUCUGCAACAGAGAGCAUUAUGGUUACCUCCCUGUGCCCUUGAAACCCCAGCAGAGCCUGGAGGACGAAACAGACGCCGUAGUCCAUGUGCUGAUCGAGGCAAUGAUUAAUCGACCUCCAAUCGAACCUUCGGAAUAUGUCACACUUCCCGCAAAGCAUCCAGACAAGAUGGACUUUGAUGAGAUUUUCAUGAUAAAUCUGAAGCGUCGGAAAGACCGCCGGGAUCGAAUGCUGCGGACUUUGUACGAACAAGAAAUUGCAGUUAAGAUUGUCGAAGCCGUGGAUGGAAAGGCGCUCAACACGAGCCAGCUGAAGGCGCUCAACAUUGACAUGCUGCCUGGUUACCGGGAUCCGUACUCUUCCAGGGUGCUGACCAGAGGGGAGAUUGGAUGCUUUCUUAGUCAUUACUAUAUCUGGAAGGAGGUGGUGAGCAGGGAGCUGGAGAAAUCCCUGGUCAUUGAGGAUGAUGUGCGCUUUGAGCAUCAGUUCAAGAAGAAGCUCACCAAGUUAAUGGAUGAUAUUGAGAGAGCCCAACUCGACUGGGAACUCAUCUACAUUGGCCGUAAGCGGAUGCAGGUGGAGCGGCCUGAAAAAGCCGUCCCCAACAUUGUGAACCUCGUGGAAGCAGAUUACUCGUACUGGACUCUGGGCUACGCAAUCUCUCUGAAAGGAGCUCAGAAACUGAUCGGAGCAGAGCCUUUUGGGAAAAUGUUACCUGUUGAUGAAUUCUUACCUGUCAUGUACAACAAGCACCCAGUUGCCGCGUACAUGGAGCACUACGAGCCCAGGGACUUGAAGGCUUUCUCUGCAGAACCUCUGCUGAUCUAUCCGACCCACUACACCGGGCAGCCGGGUUACCUCAGCGACACGGAGACAUCCACGAUCUGGGACAACGAGACCGUGGCCACCGACUGGGACCGGACGCUGUCUCGAAAAUCGCGGCAGCAGGGGCGGAUCCACACGGAGGCGCAGAACAAAGAUGCUCUUCCACCUCAGCCUUCCCUGGACGCGUCGUCCGCCCGGGACGAGCUAUGACUGUUGCGUAGCCGGGGGACUCGGGAAACUUUGGCAAGCAGGACUUUCCAGAAGUAUUAAUGUGUGGUCUUUGCUGGCGACAUCAUCACUUCUAUCUGACUGGCUUUAAGGAAACAGGGGCCUCUUGUUUUGCAGAGCCUGACUGAGUCAGGCCAACAGUUUUCUAAGAAUAUGAUAUUAACCAUAGGCAACGUUUUGGUUUACGGGUUUGGACCACGGAAACCUCUGUUUUGCUGCUGGAGGACUCCACAGGGCACUGAGUUGACGCUCAGAAAGCACUUCCAUUCCUUGAAUGACAUCUUUCUACAGUUUCCAGUGGAGAAUCACUCUAUUUAUAAAGAUUAAUAUAUAGGGGGGUUAGGUGAGGUACCCAGGCCCUUCCAUGUUGAUAUUUUGUCUGCUGCUGCAUAACAGGAAUUCUUGCUGGUUUAGAGUUUUCUUAACCAUAUUCUCCAAGAAACAUUGUAGGGGCUUUAUUCUUCCAAAGGGGUACAGUCCAAAAUGGUUUCAUGCCUCUGACUCGGAGAUCUGAGUGGGUGUCUAUUUUGUCCAUCCUACAGAUCAUUAAACUGUGCCCAUAAGCUGGCUUACCUCCUAGUCAUAAUGCUGGGAUGGGCCAUUAUCACUCAGAAUUUCUAUAAAUUCCCAAUUUGCCAUUUUUUGUAGUGCUAAAUCUUCACUCUUGUGGCACAGCCUCAUGCACAGUAAGGAGGGAAUGGGCCUCCUUAUUCCCAUUUUACAGAUGACGGAUGGAUGGUUGAGGUGCUUAGGGCUAGGAGGCACUUCUUUACAGCAAGGUGUAUGAGCCAUGAUGGAUUGACUCCCAGAGGUAGGAUGUAUUGUGCUUUCUUUUGACUGAGAAGGAAUUUUAACCCAGGUCUUCCAGAUCCAAGAUACGCAUUCAUUCAUAAACAGAGCGACAGCAGUUUGGGGUCAGGUCCGGGGUAUUCGCUCCCUUCACACCUUGCGGCAUUUGUCUCUGGCCUCCCAGACCUGCCACCUCCAGUCUAGAACACAAAGGCCUUAUUUAAAAACCUAGAAUAUUUGUCCACCCGUCUGUCUGUCAGUUCAUCCCAUGAUGCAGCUGGCCAGUACCAGAAACUGGUGGCCCACUUUCUCCCAGUUCAUUUAGGCAACCCCAUGCGAACUGGUGUGCUUGCACUGUUUCUCCAGUACCUUUCUUUGUGUGGGCUAGAGAGGCUGCGCAGACCUCUUUUGACACUUUUUAAUGCAUUCACUUCCAAUCCAAAAUGGAUAUGUUAAAAUAUACAUAUAUCCAGUAUCUGUUUAAAGAAAAUAGCUGAAGGCUUUGGUAAGAACAGAAGCUCCCUUCUGAAUUUGCAUCCAUGCAUCAAGCUUGUUGAUUGGUUAUUUUGUUUGUCUGAUUUGAACUGCCCUUAAGUUGGGGUGAAAACCUUAAGUGUCCUUCAGUCUAAUAAGACGAUCAAGCUUACCCUAUUUGGGAUGAGCUGUGAUACACUCCCGGCUGGGUAAUAUCUCAGUACAUGAAGCCCAGAUAUUUAUAAAUGUGCUAUUAAAUCUAUUGCCCAUUAGGUUUAGCUGGUGUCAAUUUCAGAGAUGGAUUGGGGUGGGUGGGAAUCCUGAAAGAAAACUAAAGAAUAAAGCAAGAACACGUGUGUGCUUAACCUCCAGCAGAGGCUGUGCAUGGGAAUUGUUUUUAGCUGAAAUAACUAGGAUUAUAUUCUGCUUUUUCCUGAAGGGGUUCAGUUGCUGCUUAUCAGCUGGUCUGAUAAAAUAUAGCAAUGGGAGGCAAACCAACUCAGCUGUUGCCAUCGUCUUUUAUUUGUGAUGUUCUCAUGCUGUGGAUCUGAUGUGAUUCUGGGAAGACCAAGUCUUGCUCACCUCUACUUGAAAGGAGUAGGGAAACCCAGCGAAAUGUUUUUGGACUUGUGACGACUAUUGGGAGAAGUCAGAAUCUUGCCAUUUUGGAAGGAUGUAGAUACUGGGGGCAGGGGCCGUGUCAGAUGGAUGCGCUCAUCCUCUUUUGACAUUGGAUGCAUCUGCAGUUUUCAAGCUGUCCUUUUGGACCAGUUCCACACAGACUGGAAUUACAUUACUUCUUUCUUCCUGCACCUCUUUGCGGGAUGUUGACCAAAACUUAGGCUAAGCAUUCUUCCAUGUGAAUGGGAAUGGGAGAAUCGGGAGUGGUGGAG